CGCAGCUAUAACUGCGCGCAGCGCCGAACUUUUGCCCGUGAUCGCCCUUGACGACUUGACUCAUUCGAGAGCGGGAGUUCGUAGGAAGAGGUAUAGUGUCAGUGUUCGGUUCUUCUAAUUGUUAACAGGAAAAUGUCGAAGAUCGGUAUCAACGGUUUUGGCCGUAUUGGACGUCUGGUGCUCCGAGCAGCGCUUGACAAGGGUGCCCAGGUCGUGGCUGUUAAUGAUCCAUUCAUUGGGCUAGAUUACAUGGUUUAUCUUUUUAAAUAUGACUCAACCCAUGGAAAGUUCAAGGGCGAAGUGAAGGCAGAUGGUGAUAGUCUUGUUGUUAACGGCCACAAGAUUGCAGUGUUCUCUGAACGGGACCCAAAGAAUAUUCCAUGGGGAAAAGCAGGUGCUGAAUAUGUUGUAGAGUCCACUGGAGUCUUCACCACAAUUGAGAAGGCCUCGGCUCACUUGGAAGGAGGUGCAAAGAAGGUUGUAAUUUCUGCUCCAAGUGCAGAUGCCCCAAUGUAUGUUGUUGGUGUAAAUUUGGAAGCAUAUGACCCCAGUGCUAAGGUUGUUUCAAAUGCUUCCUGCACUACAAAUUGCCUGGCACCACUGGCAAAAGUUAUCCAUGACAAUUUUGAAAUUGUUGAAGGUCUGAUGACAACAGUGCAUGCUGUUACUGCUACACAGAAGACUGUGGAUGGGCCAUCUGGAAAGUUGUGGCGUGAUGGACGUGGUGCUGGCCAGAACAUUAUUCCAGCAUCAACUGGAGCUGCAAAAGCUGUUGGAAAAGUCAUUCCUUCGUUGAAUGGGAAACUCACUGGAAUGGCUUUCAGAGUCCCAGUGCCAAAUGUUUCAGUUGUUGACCUCACUGUCAGGUUGGGCAAGGGCGCCAGCUAUGAUGAUAUCAAGGCCAAGGUGAAGGAAGCUGCUGAAGGUCCUUUGAAAGGAAUCUUGGCAUAUACUGAGGAUGAUGUUGUAUCUUCAGAUUUCAUUGGUGAUUGCCAUUCUUCAAUCUUUGAUGCUAAGGCAGGCAUCCCACUCAACAAUAACUUUGUUAAGCUUGUUUCUUGGUAUGACAAUGAAUUUGGUUACUCAAACCGUGUUGUGGACCUGAUAAAGUUCAUGCAGUCAAAGGACUAAAUUGUUCCAUGUGCUACAGUUCAUAAUGUUGGUGUGAUCAGCAGUCCUAUGACCCCCUUACAAAACUGAAUGUGUCAGAGCAGUAUUGCAGUGAUCAGUGGUGUUAUUUCAUAAUUGUGACUGAUUCAUGGCAGUGUUUCUGCUUAAUGACUAGGCUCUAGGAAUUUGAUAGAAAGUUGAAAAAUACUGAUUUAGAAUUAAUAUAAUCAAAAGCUUUGUUAAAUUGUAAACAUACUCAUUGAACCUAGUCAUGAGUCUUCAGUUAAAAAGUUGAAUAAAUGCUGGUGAUAUUGCUGCUGA